AUGUUAGUUAAAUUUGGUUUACCAAAUUCAAAAGUUUGGAAAUCAUUACCUAAAUUUAAUACUCCAAUACCUCCAAGUCCAUUUUCAAAUGAAACUUUGACUAGUUUAUAUUAUUUAUCAAUGGUUGUUACAACCCCAUUAACUAUUGCAAUUAUUUAUUUUAGUUCAGUUCAUUUUAUUAAUCCAAUAAUUAGAAAAAGACAAAUUAAAAAAUAUAAUAAAAUUAACAAUAUUCACAAAAAUCAAACAGAAUUAGAUUUUACUGAUGCUCAAUUGAAAAAAUUACCUCCGGCUCCUUAUGAAAUUGCAACUACAAGUAUUUUUAAAAUAUUUGUAUUAUUACAUAAUGUUUUCCUUUGUAUUUAUUCAAUUUGGACUUUUAUUGGUAUGACUUCUUCUAUAAUUUCAACUAUGGAUUUAUUUAAAGGUGAAUUUUUACCAGAUUUUUUUUCUUCUGUACAAAUUGAAAAUUAUUCAUUACAAAGAUUAGAUAUUUUUUUUCAAUCAAUUUGUGAUUCUCAAAGAGGUAUAUUUUCAAGAAUUAUAACAAAUGAAGGUUAUCAUAAUUUAGAAAUUUUUGGAUGGUGGUUUUAUAUCUCAAAAUUUUAUGAAGUUAUAGAUACUAUUGUAAUAUUAUUAAAAGGUAAACCUUCGAGUUUAUUACAAUCUUAUCAUCAUGCAGGUGCAAUGAUGUGUAUGUGGGCAGGUAUAAGAUAUCAAAGUCCGCCAAUUUGGAUUUUUGUUGUUUUUAAUUCAUUUAUUCAUUCUUUAAUGUAUUUUUAUUUUUCAUUAAGUUGUUUAAAAAUUAGAGUCCCCAAUAUUUUUAAAAGAAUUUUAACUUCUUUACAAAUUACUCAAUUUGUAAUUGGUGGUUCAAUUGCUAUUUUACAUUCAUUUGUGUGGAUUAUAGAUACCUCAAAUAUUGUAAGUAAAGAUAAUUUGCAAAUGAUAAGUUGUAUUUCAACAUCUGAUCAAGCAUUACCGAUUAUAAUAAAUGUUGCUUAUUUAGCUCCAUUAACUGCUUUAUUUGGAGCAUUUUAUAUUGAAAGUUAUUUAAAAAAGAAUAAAAAAGUGAAAAAGUAA